AAUUUCCUGCAUAAUUUCCAGCGUUUAUUUAAUCCCAACAUGUCGUCUUUUCUCUGUUUUAUAUGCCACAGUACAGUGAAUGAUGAUACCAAUGAAGAUGUGCGUGAAAAAUACAGAGAAGUCGUUGGAAUGAAUCUAUGCCCAGAUUCCCAUAUGUGCCACAUUUGCUGUCACGUCUUAAAUAGACUGUGGCUCUUCAGAUCUGUAUGUUUGAAACGAAGUUUAGAGUACCCUGUGUUGUUCAGCGAAAAAGGAACACUAAACCUCCAACGAAAUGACUUGGAAAUCCACACAGUAUGCUUUGAAGACUGUGAACAUUACAAAAACCGAAAUAUCAACUCAAAAUACUACCAUUUCAAGUACUUCGACGACACAAGCGAUAUCAACGAGGAAUACCCUCCGUACCCAAACGAUUACGUCAAAUUGGAGGAAGACAGGAGGGAGUUUGAAGAGUUUUUAGAUAAACCAAACUAUGAACAAGCAUUACCGAAUAAUAAAACACCAGAGUUCUCUCAAAAUUUCACCGAUGAGUUUACUGAAGAUGAGACAAACAAUGAUUAUGAAGAAAGCCAUUCUUUUGAAGAUGACGAUGGAAAUGAUGAACAAAGUCAUAAUAUAAAAGAAGAACAGAAAGAGAACUGUGAAAGAGAUGAAUACGAGCAACCAACAAUCAAGCUUGAAGAAAUAAGUGAUGAAGAAACAGAAAUAAAGGAAACAAAAACAAAAAAACAUGUAAAGAAAAAAGGCAAGUCCAAAAAAGAAAAAGAACCGUAUGUGAAGUUUAAGCUUAGUGUUACAGAACAGAAAACAGAAUUGGAAAGAAGUAGAAAAGAAAAGAAGUAUAUAGAAGCUGAGUUUAAGUGUUACAAUUGUGCUUUAGGGUUCCUUUUUAAGGAUACGUAUCAGGCUCACAUGAUGAGGCAUGAAGAGUCAAACGGUGAGCAUCGUUGCAACAUUUGUACGCUGCGUUUCGCGUCGCCCGCCGUCUUGCGAGCGCACACGUCGCUACACGCUGAGAGACACAAAUGUACCAAUUGCGGUGUGGUGGUGAGGCCGAGGCACCGAGCGAGCCACACCCGCGAAUGUCUCCAACUGCCUUCAGAAGGCGUGGCUUGCCAUCUCUGCGGAAAAGUGUUCAACGGUCCAAACGCUCUCCAGCAGCACUUAAAGCGUUUCCACCGGUCCAAGAGUUCGGGUCGGUCGUACGCUUGCACGGUCUGCGGGGAGAGAUACAACGACCAAGCCGCAGUGAGGACGCAUAUGAUAAAGCACAUACAACGUAAGUUCCAAUGCGACGAGUGUCCCGCCACCUUCGGCAGUCCAUACACAGCGCGUCAGCACAAGAAGAGGCGCCAUACGUCGCAGCCUCAAGUCAAGAAGCCUCACAGGCCGCCGCAGCCGACGCAGAGCUUCGACUGCCCGACGUGCGGCCGGUCGUGCCCGAGCGCGCGCUCGUUGGCCUCGCACGCCGCGUUGCACGUCGCGCGCGCGCACGCCUGUCCGCGCUGCCCUGCUUCAUACCCCACGCGCAAGUCGUGCAAUAGGCACGCGCGCGCGCACCUGAAUAGUGGGGCUAAUGUAGCGCGCGCCGUGUGUCAUCGAUGCGGCGCUAGUUUCCAGGGCAAUAACAAACUCAACCGUCACCUGAGACAAGUUUGUGAAAAGGAGAAGUGGGAGGAAGAACAACUGGCUUCUUACUGUUAAAAAUUUGAGUAUAAUGUAACACAUUAAUGCCCGUUUUCACCAUCAAUCCCUAGUUUUUAAGUGACCCCUAAGGUAACACAUAACAGGAAUUUUGUUUUCAUAGGGGUCACUUAAAAAUUAGGGAUUGAUGGUGAAAACGGGCAUAAGUAAGUUUUUGGACAAUACCAGUCAAUUGAGAUAUUUACAUGAGCUGUCAAAACUUUGAGUUUUUAUAGAAAUACCCACAUUUCGCUUUACUUGAAGGAGCUGUGUUUAAGUUAGUUGAGCGAUUAUUGAUUUGAAAUCAAAUUAAAAUCGAAAAAAUAAUAGAAAAUUCUGACGAAUGUCGGUUUACUCUUCACAUUAAUCCAUUAUAUGGUUUUGAAAUAAACAAUAUAAUUCUUACUUUUAAAUGUUACUUAAAAGUUUUGUGAUAUUAGACUUAACUA